AUGCAACCGCAGAAUCCCCAGUCCAGGAAGCGCGGCCAGGAUGUCAGUGAAGUAGAAAGCAGCCGAACAGCCUCUCUCAUCGAUGCGAUGAUGGCAAAUAUCCAGCUAGAGGAGAAGUUGACGUCAAAGACCAUGUUACAACGGUUUUUUUCGAUGGGCUCUAUCAUUUCAACUUCAUCGUCUUUUGCGAACCGACAACAAGAUGCUAUCGGUACCAGGUCGCAGUAUCGUUCCAUUGGAUCAGGAACUUGUGGACAAGUCUUCGAAGUUCCAGGAACGACCUAUGUCUUCAAGCUUGCCAAGCAUCCAGGCAAAGAAACCGACACGCUCUGGAAUGACUACCGUCAACACCUGAAGAUUCAAGAGGUGUUCGACAAGCUUGGUAGAAGCGAACUCCAAGUACGCACUCCUCGAGUUUGGCACUUCGUCAAUAUGGAUGAUGAAGCUUGGUGGAUGCAGAACAAAGAUCGAUUUCCGAAGACCGCCGCAGAUUGGACGAACCUGCUCUGUACAGAACGCAUCCUGCCUAUUCCGCGGCCCCUUCGUGAGUCUCUGAUCGAAGAGUACUGUCCAGAGAAGGGUAUUCAACAAGCGAAGGAGAUGGAAGAGAACAAAGAUUGUUUGGUGAGGCUUUACCUUGGGAAGAGGCGAUCACGAGUCAACACCAGCUUCUUCAGCCUUCGAAACUUUUGUCUGCAUCUCGACCAGAUGGAAGAGCUAGAGCUGAAGAUCGACCAGUUCGCCACAACCAUGGCCGAAGCUUUAGCAGUGAUGCACUGGGCUUGCCGCCUGGACGCCAACGAUGUUGAAUUCGUCGUGGGCUCUGCUCCUGAUAUCAGUGCUGAACCAAACCUCAUCGUGCCUAAGCCUCUCACUUCGAGCGAGAUCAACAAGAUGGAGCCAAACACUUCUACCUGGAAUGCUCACACCAACGACUUCAAGCAGCGACAGAUUCACAUUUGGAUGCUGGACUUCAAUCGGUGCAGGCCUUUCCAACCGGACAACCUGACUCCACUUGUGGACGCCUUCUUCUUGAACGACCCAUACUAUCCGCGCCCACACAGCCCCAAAGCCAGAGACCAAUAUCUGUGGACUCUCUUCAGAAAAACGUACGAACAAUGUAGUCAGAAGUCUCUGAAGUGGCACAAGAUGGAUGUUCAGUUCCUCAAGCUCCCUGGACAGGUCAUGGACAUGGUAGAGGAGAGACAGAAAGCGAGAGUGGAAGUGCAGCAGUCAUUGAAUCAACCAUGA